GCCAGCUAGGGUUGCUUGGUAUAGCUAAAGCCACACUCUCCUUCGUCUUCGUAGCGUGAGGCCAAACCAGAGCGGAGGCGGAGGAAGCCAUGGUUCACGUCAGCUUUUACAGAAACUAUGGAAAGACUUUCAAGAAACCUAGGCGUCCUUAUGAGAAGGAACGUUUGGAUGCUGAGCUGAAACUUGUAGGAGAGUAUGGGCUUCGUUGCAAGAGAGAGCUAUGGAGGGUGCAAUAUGCUCUCAGUCGCAUCAGGAAUGCUGCAAGAGAGCUUCUCACUCUAGAUGAGAAGAAUCCAAAGCGUAUAUUCGAGGGAGAAGCCCUCCUUCGCAGGAUGAAUAGGUAUGGUCUCCUUGAUGAGAGCCAGAACAAGCUCGAUUAUGUGUUGGCCUUGACUGUGGAAAAUUUCCUUGAGCGCCGCCUCCAAACCCUUGUUUUCAAGUCGGGAAUGGCCAAGUCGAUCCACCAUGCUCGUGUGCUUAUCAGACAAAGGCAUAUCAGGGUUGGAAGGCAAGUGGUGAACAUUCCGUCGUUCAUGGUGAGGGUGGACUCUCAAAAACACAUUGACUUCUCUCUCACUAGCCCACUCGGUGGUGGUCGCCCAGGACGUGUGAAGCGAAAGAACUUGAAGGCUGCUUCCAAGAAGGCUGCUGGAGGAGACGGAGACGAGGAGGAUGAGGAUUGAGCUUUUUACCUUUUUGUGGUAAUCAGAGUAAUAAUUCUUACUAAAACAUUUUACCUUUGCUUUCUUUACCCCGUUCUUUGGAGGAGCCAACUUUUGUUGCUUUUUUGGAGACUUUGGAUUUUAGAUGGGAGAGAGAACUUUAGCUCUUGUGGCUGUUUUCUUUUGUAAGAGGUAUUUUUGUUCUAUUGCUUUCAUGCUGACUUUUGAAUGGUUGAGGGAGAUCAUUUACUACUGGAAUGCCUUUCUGGUUUGACUCACUCGAUUAUAAAGACAAUUUCAUAAUUUACAGAA